AAACAGCAGAAGUAGACGAGUCCGAAAGAGCAAAGCGACGUCCCCGGUGGGCGUAAAUCUUAGUCAAGCAAAACGCAGACCAGCAGGGAGGGGGCGAGACACUUCACACUUCACCACAGCCUCUACUACGAAUAAGAUCUAACGGAUUUAUUCGAGAGCCAUUGUCCUAAUUUUCGGACUUUGCUGUGAAGCCAGUAACGCGUCUCAGAUUUAGCCUGUUGACUGUGGGACAUGGCAGCGCAGUGUGUAACUAAGGUGGAGCUGACUGUCUCCUGUGAUAAUCUUCUGGACAAAGACAUCGGCUCCAAGUCUGAUCCUCUGUGUGUCCUGUUGAUGAACAGCUCUGAUUCUCAAUGGUUUGAGGUGGGACGCACAGAGAAAGUCCAGAAUUGCCUGAACCCAAAGUUUGCUAAAAAGUUUACCAUUGACUACUACUUUGAAAUAGUGCAGAAGCUCAAGCUUGGGAUUUAUGACAUCGACAACAAGACAAUUGAUCUCAGUGAUGAUGACUUUCUUGGAGAACUGGAGUGCACUCUGGGUCAGGUUGUGUCUAGUAAAAAACUGACUCGGCCUCUUGUCCUGAAGAACAAGUCGCCUGCAGGAAAAGGGACCAUCACAGUUGUUGCAGAGGAAAUCAAAGAUAAUAGAGUGGUGAAUUUUGAGGUGCAGGCAAGAAAGCUAGAUAACAAGGACUUUUUUGGAAAGUCUGACCCCUACCUGGAGUUUUACAAGCAGUCAGAAACUGGAUGGCAGCUGGCUCACAGAACCGAGGUUGUGAAGAACAACUUGAAUCCAUCAUGGAGGCCCUUUCGUAUCCCUCUGCAGUCUCUCUGUGGUGGAGACCUGGAGAAACCGAUUAAGGUGGAGUGUUAUGACUAUGACAAUGAUGGCUCACAUGAUCUAAUUGGAAGCUUUGAGACCACGAUGACCCGCCUUCAAGAAGCGAAGCAGGUUUCUCCGGCAGAGUUUGAAUGUAUCAAUAGUAAAAAGAAACAGAAGAAGAAAGGCUACAAGAACUCUGGUAUUGUGAGCGUGAAGGUGUGCCAGGUGGUGAGAGAAUAUACGUUCCUGGAUUAUAUCAUGGGAGGCUGUCAGAUCAAUUUCACUGUGGCUAUCGACUUCACAGGCUCCAACGGGGAUCCAAGGUCUCCUCAGUCUCUGCAUUACAUCAGUCCUCAGGGUGUUAACGAAUACUUGUCUGCCAUAUGGUCUGUGGGCAAUGUCAUCCAAGACUAUGACAGUGAUAAGAUGUUUCCUGCCUUUGGCUUUGGAGCCCAAAUUCCGCCCACAUGGCAGGUUUCCCAUGAGUUCCCAAUCAAUUUUAACCCAUCAAAUCCAUUCUGUGCUGGAGUUGAAGGUGUGGUACAGGCCUACAGGACCUGCCUUCCCCAGGUUAAACUCUAUGGCCCUACCAACUUCUCCCCCAUCAUCAAUCAUGUAGCCUGCUUUGCUAAGCAAGCUUUGCAGCAGACGACCGCGGCACAAUACUAUGUUCUGCUCAUCAUCACUGAUGGAGUGAUCACUGAUAUGGACGAGACUCGCAACGCCAUCGUCAAUGCCUCCCGUCUGCCCAUGUCCAUCAUCAUUGUAGGCGUAGGAGGGGCAGACUUCGGUGCCAUGGAGUUUCUAGAUGGAGACGAUGGGCGGCUGCGUUCCCUUAGCGGCGAGGCUGCCAUGAGGGACAUCGUACAGUUUGUGCCAUUUCGGCAAUUCCAAAACGCUCCAAAAGAAGCACUGGCAAAGAGUGUGUUGGCAGAAGUCCCAGGUCAGCUGGUGGAGUUUUUCAAUACCAUGAAGCUGAUGCCACCCAAUUCCAAUGCUGCACCAAACCCUGCAGGGAGCAUCUGAUGCUACAGAAUCAUUUAGACAAAGCUGGUCUAAUAAAACUUUAAUAAAAUGCCAACACACGUUUAAACAUUUUAAACCAACUGACCAAGCAUUCAGUUCAUAAACAGUCCAAACUGUUGACCAAUCAAAUUUCUGUGCGUAACGUAAAGCAUAAAUUACAAAUUCACUGUGGCAUUAAUUAAAGCAUUAACAUGAUUUGUUGUAAUAGAGCACGUUUAUGGACCACGCCUCUCGCAUACUGUAUGUUAAUGUUCUUAGAGAAGUACCUGCAGUUUUACUUGUAACCUACCCACUUGUUUACAUGCCUAGAAGCUUAUAGCUGUUGUUGCCAAUGGACUGUUUUCCAUUGAAAUGGAUAAUCCUUCCUGCGCACUCCCUUUCAUUGCAUAUAUAAAAUAUUUUAUUAGAUGUAUGUUUUCGUCACGAUGUAUGUGCUGUGACAAUGUGCCAUAUACCAUAUGAGUAGCAUAACAUCUGUACAGUAUCAUGAGAUUACAUAUGUAGAUCUUCUAUACAGUGCUGUUACUGCAUGUCUCUGCCUGUUUGCUGCAAAUGUCAAUUUUUAUUUUUUAAGGUUAUACAGUACAAUUAAAUCUAUAAAGAUACAACUGGUG